AUGGGUGACAAUCGAUUCCUCCCCCGGGAUGUGGCCACAACCGGGGCCGAAAGGAGAGAAGGCUGGUUCGUGGGCAGUAUAGACCAGGGAACCACAUCCACGCGGUUCUUGAUCUUCAAUGGCGCUGGCGAGCCGGUAGCGAGCCACCAGAUGGGGUUUGACAACAAGCACGCACACUCAGGAUGGCACGAACACGACGCGCUCGAACUGCUCCAGACCGUGGAAACAUGCAUCGAGAAGGCCGUAGAGCAGUUUGUGGCAGAUGGCCACGACGUGUCGAGGAUACGCUCCGUCGGCAUCACUAACCAGCGCGAGACUCUGGUUCUCUGGGACAAGAACACGGGCGAGCCUCUACACAAUGCCGUCGUGUGGCCCGAUACCCGCACGGCGUCCAUGGUCCGCGAAUUGAAGACAUGGCCAGGCGCGGACAAGGUCCAGGAACUCUGCGGCCUGCCUCUGUCCACGUACCCCUCCAGCGUCAAGCUCGUCUGGCUCCUCCGACACGACAAGGCGGUUAAGCAGGCGUACGACGAGGGCCGCCUGGUCUUUGGCACGGUGGACUCUUGGCUGAUCUUCCGUCUGAACGGUGGUAACGAUUGCGCGGACGGGCCUAUUCACGUCACGGAUGCGACAAAUGCGAGCAGGACCAUGUUCAUGAACCUCCGCACACUGCAAUACGACGACACCCUCCUCUCCUUUUUCAAGCUCGACCGUGCCAAGAUCAUCCUGCCCAAAAUCGUCCCCUCGUCCCACGCCACAGAGUUCGGCGCGCUCGCGCGCGGUCCGCUCAAGGGCGUGUCCAUCGCAGGCUGCUUGGGCGACCAGUCCUCCGCCCUCGUGGGCCAAUGCGGCUUCAAGCCCGGUCAGGCCAAGAACACAUACGGCACGGGCUGCUUCCUCCUGUACAAUGUCGGUACGGAGCCCGUCAUCUCCAAAAACGGCCUGCUCGCCACCGUGGCGUAUGACUUUGGCAAGGGCCAGAAGCCCGUCUACGCCCUCGAGGGCAGCAUAGCCGUCGGUGGCUCGGGCAUCACCUUUCUGCAGAACAACCUGGGCAUCGUGUCGAGUCCAAAGGAGGUGGACUCUGUCGCGCGCACCGUCCCGGACAACGGUGGCGUGUACUUUGUCACGGCGUUCAGUGGUCUCUUUGCGCCGUACUGGAUUGACGAUGCCAAGGGCACAAUGUUUGGCAUCACAGCCCACUCGCAAAAGGGCCACUUUGCCCGCGCCACCCUCGAGGCCACCUGCCACCAAACCGCCGCCAUCCUCGACGCCAUGGCCACCGACUCGGGCCACGCUCUCGAGUCGCUCGCCGUCGACGGCGGUCUCUCCAACUCCGACCUCUGCAUGCAGACGCAGGCUGAUAUAAGCGGAAUCCCUGUCGACAGGCCGUUUAUGCGCGAAACGACGGCGCUGGGCGCUGCCGUGGCGGCUGGGCUUGCGACGGGCGUGUGGGAGAGCUUGGAUGAUCUGCGCGAGGUGAACCGAGAGGGACGGACCGUGUUCGAGCCGCAGAUUGGCAAGGACGAGAGGAGACGGCUGAGGGCCAAGUGGGAGCAAGCCGUGGAGAUGUGUAGAGGAUGGAUCCGUGAGGAUCUAGAUGGUCCCUCUUCAUAG